AUGUUGCCCCUAUCUCUCACCUCAGAACUCCUCAGUGACGCACAAAGCCUUGACCAGAUUUUCAGCACACGCGCUGCAGACUGCGAGACCCACGAAGGCGGCCCCGGAUGGCAGCCGCCCCACGAGCAGCACCCAGAGGGGGAGCAGGAAGGGCAGACGGACGAAGCAGCAGCUGCUGCUGCAGAAGCGGAAGCAGCAGCAGCAGCGGCGGCGGCUGCAGAAGCAGCAGCAGCAGCGCUGGUCGACUCUCCAACUGUUGCAAAGACCCCCAGCUGCUCAACUCCAGAGGAGGGGCCGCCUCCCCUCAAGAAGUUGGCGACAGAGCAGACGUCUGCAGCGCCAAAAGAGAUUCCCCUGCAACAGGAGGAGGGAGGGGAACGUCAGCAGCAGGGGGAAGAAGCAAAGCAACAACCGCAAGGGAAGGCGGCAGCUGUCCCGAGGGCACCCCCGUCAAACCCUUCAAGCCUCCCGCCCCUACUGCCGCUGCCACCCAGUCCUCUGCUGCACCACUACGGUGCUCUGAACCAUCAGCAGCAGCAGCCGCCGCCACCACCACCGCCACAUCAGCUGAGCAGCAACAGCAAGGGCCGAGCUGCUCUGCCUGCUUUGCUGGGGACGCUGACGCCGCAGCCCCCUGCAGCAGCAGCAGCAUCAGGAUGUGCAGGAGGGAUCCUCCCCAGCCCAGGCCGGGGGCGGCUGCUGCCUGCCGCUGCAGCGGCGCAAGCAGCAAGCAAGAAGCCUUCUCUAAUGGGGCCUGCCCCCGGGCAUCUAAUCGGUUUCCCGAAGCCGCCCCCAGCACCCCCAACCACGCCUCCUCCUCCUCCCCUCCUUCCUAUGGCGCCCCCGCAUUACUCCCAGCCUCAGCAACCGCUGCAGCAGCAGGGCUUUGCAGGGUCUCUGCCGCCCUUGCUGCCGACCCCUGUGCGGCCCCCUGUCGUUGCGCCGCCUCCCCCCCCACCGCCCCCCCCAGAACCAGCCA